UACACGACGCACGGCCGCUUUUAAGUCCGCGAUAAGCUAACAAAACUCGUUGAAAAUGCAUACAUCAAAAUGGUAGAAUCUCUACAAAUGUUCUUAUUCCUCUUCAAAUCUAAAUACAGACGAAAAUACUCAUGGUUCUCGCCGUUCUUGUGUUCAGUGCUCAUAGUGUUAUUGUUUUGUCAUGAUGUUCUAUCUAGGUGUAGUGAACAUAACUGUAUAAACGGUGAAUGUAGGAACGAGACCUGUGUAUGCUUCGAAGGCUGGCAGGGUCCAGAAUGUCAGCAUUGCGGUGGGAAGAUAAAAUUGAGUGCCGCAAGUGGUGUGAUAACGGAUGGUCCUGGGAACUACAGUGUGAGUACAGCAUGUUCGUGGCUGGUGGCUCCGCCCCGGCUCGGCCCUGGCCCGCCUCCUUUGCGGAUACGUUUGGAGAGCUUUGCAACAGAGUGCGGUUGGGACCACCUGUAUGUUUAUGACGGGGACAGUGUACGGGCGGAACGGUUACUCGCCGUAUUCAGUGGUGUGUUGGACGACGGUGAUUUUGGAUGGACGAGACAAGUUAUAGCGCGGUCAGGGAGUGCGUUGCUUCACUUUUUUUCUGACGACGCUUAUGCUAUGGAAGGCUUCAAUGUCACUUACGCUGCAUACUCUUGUCCUUCAGAUGAUCAUCGUACUAACUGCUCAAAUCAUGGGGAAUGUGAAGAUGGUGUAUGCAGAUGUGAGCCAGAUUGGGUGGGCGUGGCUUGCGAUGAACCGCUUUGUCCAGAUGACUGCAAUGCUGAGUACGGUGCGGGGGAGUGUACUAGGGCGGGAUGUGAAUGCGCGUCUUCGCGUGCGGGUCCAGCGUGCGCACGCGACGCGGCCUCAGCGGGGUGGGAGUGGCGCUGGCGGGAGGCGGGUGACGCGCGCCCCUCCCUGCCUACGCCUGCGCAUGCCCCGCCCCCCGCCGCUGCACACGCGCUGCUCGCUGCCGGCCCCGACCUGCUGCGAGUAGGCGGGGAGACGUUCUCACAUGCUGAUUUUAUGUACAGAUAUAAAACUGCAGAAAACCGGUGGUAUCCUAUAAAAGCGAUAGACGAGGGUGCGAUCAGUCCAGCGCCGAGGUUCGCCCACUCCGCAGUCAUGUAUGGAGACGAGGUCAUCGUGUAUGGAGGAGUUGUGGCUUCUGAUGAACCUGAAAGAGGGGGUGGUCUGGCGGGGCUGGAGGGUCGUGCUGGCGAGGUGACCAACGAGGUGUGGAGAGGGCGGAUACAGGAGAACACGGUCAUCUGGAGCAACGCCACGCCCACCGCCUGCUCCCCGCACAGGACCGCCCCAUUGAAGCAUUGCGGAGGUCUACACUUGUCCGGGCACACGGCGGUGCUCGCUCACAUAGGACCCACCCAGAAGGCAGUCAUGGUGGUUUUUUUCGGUCACUCACCACAUUACGGGUACAUGCAUAUUGUGCAGGAGUAUCACAUAGAGGAGGGGGCGUGGUCAGCCCCGCCCACCAAGGGGUGGUCCGCACGCGCUGGCUUCGGUCACUCUGCCGCGUGGGACCCGCUCUCACGCCGUGUCUACGUACAUGCAGGACUUGUGUCUGAAUCUGAAGCCGCACAGGCGCCGUCGUCAGCGUUGUAUGAAUACGAGGUGGAGAGUCGCGUGUGGAGGCCGCUGCCUUCUGCCCCCACACCUAGAUAUCUGCAUACAGCUAUAUUUGUAUCACCAGGUGUGAUGUUGGUGUUCGGUGGUAACGCACACAACGACAGCGCGCCCGCCGCCCCCGCCACCCCCGCCGCCUCCAAGUGUUACUCCGCUGCUGCGAUGAUCUAUGACGUCAGAUGUGGCGUGUGGCAUUCAGCGCCGGAGCCGCGUGGUGCAGCUCGUGCUGCGCACGCGGCGGCUCUCAUCACACACCGGGGACGCAAAUCUGCUAUUAUAUAUGGCGGUUUCGACAGUCGUCUCCGAUCAGACGCGCUGGUGUUUGUUGUGGGCGCGGCUUGCGCUACGUACAAGGACGAGCACUCGUGCGUCUCCGCCACACGGAACUCCGCCCUCGCGUGCGCUUGGCGGACCAGGGAGUCACUCUGUGUCGCCUUGGAAGAAGUCGGUUGGGCGAAGUCUUUUGAUGGUACAGUGAAAACUUGCGCUGUUGAACCUGUGUUAGACGAAAAGCGUUGCGGUACUGCGGAGUGGUGCGGCGCGUGCACAGCUGCGGGGUGCGCGUGGUGCGGCGCCUGCUACCCCUCCGCGCAGUACUGUCUCAGGCACACACAUCAGAUGGCGCUAUCGUUAGAGGAGUGCGGUGGCGCAGGAUCAGAGCCAGCGCGUGACGCGUGCGCUCGCUACCACUCGUGCGCAGCUUGCCACGCCCACAGACAUCACCACGCCCACGCGAUAGAAGACGUGAACCAACGUGCCUGUUACUGGGACUAUGACACUGUUAAAUGUAAGCCGGCAAAUACAACGGAUGAUAUAAGGAGUGUGUCGAGCGGUGGAUGCAGCGCGCCGUGUGCGACACACACCACGUGUGCCAACUGCACAGCCGAGGAAUGCAUCUGGUGCGCCUCAGCCGGACGAUGUGUUGAUAAGAAUGCAUACGGUGCGUCGUUUCCAUUGGGCGGAUGUCGGGCGUGGUCGACGGGUUUGUGUGCGGGGGGCGGUGCUGCGGGUGGACGGGGCGGGGGGUGCGCGGCGCAUGCUGGCUGCGCCUCGUGCCGUGCGGAGCCUGCUUGUGGCUGGUGUGAUGAUGGUGAAGGUGGUGGCCGGGGUACCUGCCUGCCUGGUGGACAGCGGAGACCUCACCAGCCGCAUGUCUGCCCACAACACAGAUGGCACUUCACACGAUGUCCGCUGUGUCAGUGUAACGGUCACGCGGUGUGCGACGAGGCGGCGCGGUGCGUGCAGCCGUGCGGCGCGCGCGCUGUCGGCGACCACUGCGACACGUGUGCGCCUGCGCAUUGGGGCACUCCACUUAAUGGAGGCGUAUGUCAACCGUGUUCGUGCAAUGCUCAAGCUGUGUCGUGUGCUGCUGACACUGGCCGGUGUUACUGCAGCACUAAGGGUCUGGCGGGGGAUCGCUGCGACAAGUGUGAUAAUACUAACCACUACCAUGCAGAUGUUUAUAACAAAGGAGCUUGUUAUUAUGAUUUAGCGGUGGACUAUCAGUUCACAUUCAAUCUAUCAAAGAAGGAGGACCGUCACUUAUCAGCGAUCAACUUCCGCAACGCGCCUGUGAAGCCGGACGUGGACGCGGACUUCAGCAUCACGUGCUCAGCGCACGCGCGCAUGAACCUGACUGUGCGCACGCGCGCUGACCCCGCUGAGCGCACGCUCUUCAGCGACCUCAACUGUACCAACUUCAGAUACAAGUUCGCGAAGUCUGAGCACGCAUUCGGUGUUGAAGACAAUGUCACUUUGACGACAUUCUUCGUUUACGUGUAUGACUUUCGACCUCCACUCUGGAUACAGAUCUCCUUCUCGCAGUAUCCGAAAUUGAAUCUGCAGCAGUUCUUCAUCACAUUCUCCUCUUGUUUCCUGCUUUUGUUACUCGUUGCUGCCGCUCUGUGGAAGAUUAAACAGAAAUACGACAUAUAUCGUCGCAGACAGCGGCUGUUUGUUGAGAUGGAACAGAUGGCGUCCAGACCAUUCAGUCAAGUCUGCGUUGAACUGGAGAAAGGAGGUGGAGGUGUGGGUGUACCAGCUCCUGUGGCGCUGGAGCCGUGCCGCGGUGGUCGGGCGGCGGUGCUGUCGCUGCUGGUGCGGCUGCCGACUGGCGGCACGGGGCGCGCGCCGCCGCUGGGCGGGCUCGCUGUCGCCUCCGCACUCGUCACACUCGGACACCACCACGCGCCGCCAGCCAAGCGACCCAGGCACCGCUGACACACACCCCACUCACAAUGUAAACAGCAAUGUAAAUAAGUGCGUAUCGAAUAAGUACUGUGUACAUAGAAAUAGUGUUUUGCUCAAACUUGUCAAGUUUGAUACAUUAAUACUCAGCCUUCAGCUCGCCACACCGGACUGACAUGGCGGCGGAGUCAAACGGAAAGUGUUAACAAAUCUCAUCUAUUAUCUAUGGUUCAGUGUAAACUAUAACACCAAAAUGACAAAAAAAAUGUUUUUUCUACUCGUAUUUUUAUAUCAUAAGGUGGCAUAAGCGAGCUUCCAGAAAACAAUGAAAUAAAGCGACUGUUGCCCAUAUACAAGCUAUUGCAGAUGCAGAGAAAAUACAUAGAAAGAAAAUAUUUUUCCUGCCCAUGUAUCCCUUGUUUUUACGAUGAAGGAAAACAUCUUGAUGCAACCUGCAUAUAUCUGAGAAGAAAUUCAAAUAUAUGUGUGAAGUCAACCU